AUGUUUCGUGAUAGAACUAAUUUGUUUUUAUCCUAUAGGAGAACUUUCCCCCAUCAGAGGCUUUCGAGUACCAAGCAUCUACGAUCGAAUAAAGAUUUGGAGAACCAGCCAUUCAUUGGUAGUGACGAUGGUAACAAUGAUGAAGAUAUGGUUGCUAUGGAUGAUUUCUCCCGUCAAUUACCGCCAAAAUUUUUCGAUUUAACGUUCCAAGUGGAUGAGUCGUUAUCUGCAGUAGAUCAAUUGUUGCUACAGUUGACGAAACUAUAUCAAAAGAACUCUUUACCAGGAUUCCAGGACAAUAAGCAGGAUGAGGAGGAGAUUGAGCAGAUAAGUUUCCAGGUAAUUAAGAGAUUCCAAGAAUGUUUUGGUGUUAUCAAGACUCUUACGAGAAUUAAGGAUUCUCAAUAUUCGAAUGGUAAGCAGCUAAGCAAGGACGAGUUAAGGAUAUUGGAUAACCUAGAAAAGAACUACGCUUUGAAAGUGCAAGACAAAUCGCAGAAGUUCAGAAUAUUACAGAAUAAUCAUUUGAAGUUUUUGAAUAAAGAUGAUUUCAAACCACUACCCACUACGAAAUCAAGUAACGAUACAUUGAUGUUGUUGGAGGAAGAAGUUGAAGGAGAUGAAGUCAAUAACAUCGACUCAUAUUCAAAGCAGACUUUACAAAAACAGAAUCAGAAGUUACAGGAUAACAAUCAGCAAUUUUUGCAACAAAGAGAUGAGGAAAUUACACAGUUAGCGAAAGGUGUACUCGAAGUUAGUACUAUUUUCAGGGAAAUGCAGUCUUUGAUCAUAGAUCAAGGUACAGUGGUCGAUAGGAUCGAUUAUAACUUAGAAAACACGGUUAUUGAAUUAAAGCAGGCCCAAAAGGAGUUAGACAAGGCAACGCACUACCAAAAACGGAGUCAAAAAUGUAAAAUUAUUCUAUUUCUAUCUUUGGUCGUUCUAGCGUUAUUCCUCCUUGUCAUGCUGAAACCUCAUCACCAUACUAUACGAGAAUCAGCUCCUUCAAAAUCUCACAAACCUCCUGGAUCACAAGUGGAGGUCAAUUCUCCUAAUGGAGACCCGUUGCUGGAUCCAGAAAGUAAUGUAGAAUAA